AUGGCAUCCAACACCCUCGUAGUUCUAGCCCUAACCCUAACCCUAGCCACCCUCUUCUCCUCCGCCACCCCAAGCUAUCUGUGUCCAUGGUGCCCGCCGACCCCAACCCCUCCGACCCCCGCCCCGCCGCCCCCCUCCUCGUGCCCGAUCGAUGCGUUGAAGCUCGGAGUGUGUGCCAACGUGCUCGGCGGGCUCAUCAAUGGCACCAUCGGCCAUACGCCGGACGGGGAAUGCUGCCCCCUGAUCGCCGGUUUGGUUGACGUUGAGGUCACCGCCUGCCUCUGCAUCGCCCUGAACUUGAACAUCCUCGGCAGCAACCACGUAAUCCCUCUCUACCUCCCUGUCCUCCUCAAUUACUGCGGCAAGCAAUCCUCCAACUUCAAAUGCCCCUAG